GCACAAUUUGAUUGUCACUUCAGCGGAGUUCUCCAUCUGCAGAGGGGGACAAUGAUAGAGGAAUCCGACAAAAGAACGGCCCUGAGUCUAUAAAGGCUAGGGAAGUCCCGACUAUUUCUCUUCGCUUCUCUACAGACUUCUAUCAUCCUCUAUCCCAAUUCUACUAACCGGAUCCCAGAUCAAAGCAUCAAGAUGUGUCGACACAACGUCUAUUGUGAGGUCUGUUUCCUCUGCUAUAAUAAACCGGGAAACCCGCGCCUGGACGCCAUGCGAAGGAUCCAAAUGACUAUGGAGCUGCUGGGGCAAAUCCUUGGUUUCGACGCCGGAAAUCCCACACCUGAUACUCUUGAACGCGCUGCAAACUUCUUCUCCCGAGGGGAUCACAGACGCUGGCUUCAGCCCACGGUAAAUGGAUAUGGAAUUGAGUAUCCGGUUGACCCAAUCCUUGAGCAGAUGGUCAACGGAACGUAUACCGACGGCAAUGACUACGCUGGUGCCGGACAUGCAACUGAUGUAGGCAUGGCUGAGGUUAGCCAAAUGCUAGUACAGCAAUUUGAUCAAUAUCAGCAAGAGAUGCAACAGCAAUCUGGAAAUGUGACUGGUCUGGCUCUUGUACCCCCUACUCCAGCCCAAUCCCCGAAUCUGGGUGGAAUCCAGACCGGCCAUGUCCAUAACCAAACCAUCCAGACUGUUCCCGGGAUGGGUCUGGGUACUCUCCAUCAGCAGCAGACGUUGAAUGCUAACAAUUCAUAUGCUUUCAAUAACACAGCAGCUCUUAGACUGCCACAGAUGCUGGCUCAAACCCCUCCUCAGCUUCCUGCUAACCUUUACCGGGUAAACACACCGGGUCCUAUUCAACAAACCCCUGCAACUCCUGGACCGCAGCAAAUGCAGACUCUGCCUCCUGCUAACACUCACCAGAUAUUUAUGCCAGGUCCUGUUCUACAAAGCCCUCCUGCUCGUGGACUGCCCCUACUUUCUCUUUCUCCUUCUCCUCUUCCUAAUAUUCACCAGGUAUUCACGCUGGGUCCUGUUCAAACCCCUUCAACUCCCGGACUGCAGCAAGCUCAGCUACCUCCUCAAUCCCCCGCUAAUGUCCCCCGGGUGCCCAGACCGGUUCCUCCUCCGCAAACCCCAAUGGCUCAAGGGCAGAACACUUUCGCUAACACAGCAAUACAGGGACAGGGACAGACACAGGCAUAUCUUCCUCCAUUGCCCCUUCAUAACCCAAUUGGUAUGCUCCGACGGAGGGAUGCUGCAGCCGCUUCUCAGCCAAGUCUAACAGCUACAGGACUCGACGCCGGAGCGACUCAGCCUCGGCUCCCUCCUCAAUCCCCCGGUAACACCCAUCGACAGGCCUCAAACGAAUCGCAAUUCACCAAAUCUGACGAGUACAGGACAAGGACAAGGACAGCAACAGACACAGGCAUAUCUUCCUCCAUUGCCCCUUCAUAACCCAAUUGGGCCUGGUUUCCCGCAGCAGUCUGUAAUUGCUAGUCCUCAGUCUAAUGCUCAACGUCCCACAGGUGCACAGCAGCAUUAUCAACAGCAACAGCAGCACUCAACUCCCCAAACCACAUCCUCGGGUAGUCCUGAUGAUUCAUCAGGAACUUUGGAUUAAUUAGCUAACUAUUUAAUGGAGAUUUCAAUAUGACUCAUGAUAGUUUAAUGGU